UUAAAGUAGUUUUAACACUAACUUUCUGUUGGAUUUUAUAAGUUUUAUUGCAUUAUUUUGUGUGAAAUUUAAAAACAGAAUUGCCUUUUUUCCCUAUAUUUGUUAAUGUUUUACAUAUAACUUUUAUAUUUAAUUCUUUAGUUCAAAGUUUGUGAACAAUUUUAUCGUUAACGUUAUAUUGAAUUUUAAUAUUGCAUUUUCUCCGAAGUUUUCAACUGUGUCGUUUAUAAUCCGCAAUCUCAAAAAUCUCUGGGAAAUAUGGACAAGUUAGGAAAAGAAUCUUCGGAUGGAUCUAAACAAUCAGAAGAUCAUCCAUCAACCUGCUUUACAAGAGAAGCCUGUAAUGAUUCUGUUAACUCCCAAACUAACGGGAAGAGAGCUUCCACACCAGGAAAAAGCCCUUUUAAAUCUUCAACAGCCAGCCUCUUUACACCUCCAAACAUCCAUAUAGGACAUAUGUAUGUCUAUAACAUUACUCCAGAGCAAUUAGACAGAAAUUCUCUGUCUCCAUUUGAAAGCCCUAUAAAUAAGAUUCCUACAAAGUUUCAAUCUCCAGCUGCAAGCAGUGGGCCCAUAUGUCGAAUUUGUCAUGAAGGUGACACCAAAGAAGAUUUAGUUUCUCCUUGUCGCUGCACAGGAACAGUGGGCUUGGUUCAUCUUACUUGCAUGGAACGAUGGCUUAGUACAAGGUACGAGACGAAUGAUAAAUGUGAAAUUUGCAAUUACACAUUUGCCACGGUUCGUUCUCCAAAGUCAGUUUUAGAGUAUAUUCGCAGUGAUGAGAACCUUAUGCAACGUCGAUCUCUUAUGGGGGACAUGACGUGUUUCCUUUUGCUAACACCUUUAGCAGUCGUAAGCAGUUUCCUCUGUGUGGAAGGAGCUAAGAAACAAGUAGCGUGGGGCAACAGCCUUGAAGCAGGAUGUCUCAUGGCGCUAGCAACCUUUCUCGUAACUAUGUAUUCUAUCUGGAAUAUACUAACUUUCAGAUAUCACUUGAAAGGUUACAUGAGAUGGCGUAGCAGGAAUCAAAAUGUUAGAUUGCUGAGAGUUCAAAGAGUAUCUACAGACGAUGACAGUUGCGGAAACAAUUUGCAGGGUAUUCAAGUUAUUCCUCAAGCCCGUGAAAAUUCUUCAAAUCGGAUAUCUACUCUGGAAAACAGACUAUCUACCAGUUUGCCAGCGGUUUUCACAAAUGUGAGUGAACAGUUAACCUGUUCUACUGGAUUUCCUUAUUCUUUAUCAGAGCGUCCGGAAAUAAAUAUUUAAUUUAGUAAUUUUACUUCUGUAAAUAAUUUUAAAAUUGUUCUAUUUCUGUGAAAUGGUUAUUAAUGCCCUUUCUAUCUAUACUGAAACUGCGAGAUUUUAAAGCUAUUUAAAAGCAUUAAACAUACUUUCAGGUAACAGAAACUGUCUUUAUCAAAUAAUGACCUACAAUUUCUGUUUAAAAUGUUGGAUUAUUUAUAAAAUUUCUUUUUAGUAAUAAACAAUUUUUAUAUUACAAAGCAAAA